GAGGAGAAACCAACCGACGCUUAAUCGCAGAUUCGUCCCAGUGGCGCUCUACCGGACAGGUGCACCAUGGCUCGAGCAGUGCUCUUCGUUCUCACGGUUUUCGUCGCCGUCCUGGCCGUGCAGGCAGCCGUGCUGAAGGACGGUCCGCGCACCGCCAAGUCCUCGGCCGACGCACGGGUGGCAGAGGCGGCACGCCGCGAGCGCCUGGUGGACGAGAUUCGUCGGCAGCAGGAGCUGCUCGAGCUGUCGGCCGACCACCUGGGCGACGACACCGAGGAGCACCGUUUCCGCAGGCUCCUCGAGAAGUUCGUGUACGCGCUCAACGUACGGACCAUCGUCGGCGCCAUGCGCGAUACGAUCACCGGAGAAAUCACGCCUGCCCACAUAAUCGCGAAAACUAACGAAGUUCUCGGAGAGGCAUCAUCGCUCGCCAUUGGGAUUGUCCAGUUUCUCAAGAACAUGGGGCCACUGACCUUCAAAAUUUUCAUGCACAGAAUUCUGACUGGUGAAGAAGCUUAAUGGGAAACAUACCGAUUGUGUUCAACGGCAACUUCCAGACUGACGAGAAGACGACCGUGUGUAAAUAAAUGCACUGAGCUAGGUGUUGUAGGCGUAGAAAUGACGCACACAAAUACAUGCAAGUAGAUGACAUAGUUGCCUACUCUGGACAGAG